AUGGAACCAAGAAACAAUACACGAAUUUCAGUAUUUCUUCUUAUGGGAUUUUCAGAGGAACCAGAAUUGCAACCCUUCUUCUUUGAUCUGUUUCUGUCUAUGUAUCUGAUCACCAUCUUUGGAAAUAUGCUCAUCAUCCUAAUCAUCAUCUCAGAUGCCCACCUCCACACACCCAUGUACUUCUUCCUUGCCAAUCUGUCCUUUGUAGAUAUCUGUUUUAGCUCCACCACUGUCCCAAAGAUGCUGGCAAAUAUCCAGAUACAGAGCAAAGUCAUCACCUAUGAAGGCUGCAUCACCCAGAUGUACUUUUUUUUACUUUUUGUGGGGUUGGAUGACUUCCUUCUGACAGUGAUGGCCUAUGAUCGCUUCAUAGCCAUCUGUCACCCCCUUCAGUAUACAGUCAUAAUGAACCCCCAGUUCUGUGGACUGCUGGUUCUGGUGUCCUGGAUUAUUAGUGUCGUUCAUGCCUUACUAGAAAGCUUAAUGGUGUUACGACUGUCUUUUUGCACAGAUGUGGAAAUCCCCCACUUUUUCUGUGAACUUAAUCAGGUGGUCAAUUGUGCCUGUUCUGACACCUUCAUCAACGAAAUAGUCAUGUGUUUGUUAGCUGUGCUGUUGGGUGGCUGCCCCCUCACUGGGAUCUUGUUCUCCUAUUAUAAGAUUCUUUCCUCCAUUCGUAUGAUCUCAUCAACUCAGGGGAAGUAUAAAGCAUUUUCCACCUGUGCUUCUCACCUUUCAGUUGUCUGCUUAUUUUAUUUUACGACUAUGGGAGUAUACAUCAGUUCUUCUACUACUCACAAUGCUCGUGCAGGUACAACAGCUUCGGUUCUGUACACUGUGGUCACGCCCAUGCUGAACCCCUUCAUCUACAGCCUGAGGAAUAGAGACAUUAAGGAGGCUUUGAAGAGAUUACUCAGGAGGGAAGUCAUAAAGGGCCACCUGUCCUGGCAUUGA